GGACCAUACUGUUUUUAAAUCAUCUGAAACAACUCUACCCAAAUAAGAAAGAGAUUUUUUGGGCUUCCAGGAUGGCGGUUUGGGGCUGGUCGUUUCUUGUUCUGUUGAUGCUGAAUAAUUUCCAUCAAAGGGCAACAGAAGAAACGGUACGCGAGAAACGCCAAAUUUCGUACCCCAUGAUUUACAAAACCGUGCAAGAUGCAAUAGAGGAGGCCAACAGUGAAUUGACGUUACAAAAACAGAUUGACAAAUAUAUGAUGGAUAUCGGUAUCGAUCAUCAUGAAAGAGAUGGAGGGGUGAGCUUUAUCACUCACCUUGGCCGUUUCUUGUACACUAAAAACGCCGAGAAGGUCAACACCUUGUCUGACAAGGCCUGGGUAACCGUGGCAGCCACAAAGAAACUUCUUAGACGAACUGGUAUGACACUCGAACAACUCAAGAAUCAUCCUGGAUUUGUGGACGCAUGGAGGAGGCAAGUCUCUCAAUCAUGUCCGUUUGUAGAGCCGAAGUGUGACCCCACGGUAAUAUACCGAACUGCCGACGGCUCCUGUAAUAAUCUUAACGACUCGUCCGUUGGCGCUGCUUAUACCAGGCAGAGGAGAAUGAUGGACAACGCUUACGAAGACGGAAUCAAUCAACCAAGACAGACCAGCGUUACCGGAUGUUCUCUACCAAGUCCGCGCAUGAUCAGUAAUGUCAUCCAUAAAUCUGGUCACUGUUCCCUUCCUAGCAGACGCUUUACUGUUUUAGCUAUGCAAUUUGGACAAUUCAUUGAACAUGACGUCAUUUCAACUCCUUUACAACGAGGUUUUAAUAGCUCUGAUAUUAUGUGUUGUGGAAUUCCAGACGACAUUUUACAGAAAAGAUCACAGUGUUAUCCUAUAAAUAUCCCCUCCGGAGAUCCUCGAUUUAAAGACCAUUGUAUGUCAUUUGUACGAGCAACUCCAGGACUGGACAAAAACUGUGAUGCGGGGGUCAGGUCACCUAUGAAUCAAGCCACAUCUUACUUGGACGGAUCCCAGAUUUAUGGGGUGGAUGCUGACGAGCAACUUAAACUUAGAGCUGGAGUCGGGGGUUUGAUGAAGAUGACGCCACUAGGUCUUCCUCCACCGACAGAAGAAGCAAUUUGUAUUCAGGAAGAACCGGGAGAUUACUGCUUUGGCACAGGCGACUUUAGGGUAAAUCACGUGCCCGGUUUAACUGUUCUGCAUACAAUAUUCUUAAGACAACAUAACAGAAUAGCAACUGGAUUGGCUCUCCUGAAUCUACACUGGGAUGACGAAAGAAUUUUUCAAGAGACACGUAAAAUAAUUAUUGGAUGUCUACAACAUCUUGUUUAUAACCAUCUCCUGCCAACAAUUCUACGGAAAGAAGACAUGGAUAGGUAUGGCCUUUGGUCCACCGACUACGGUUACAAUCAUAUGUACGAUCCUUCAGAGGAUGUUUCUAUUAUGAUGGGAUUUUCUGCCGCAGCCAUGCGAUUCCCUCACACAAGAAUUCCAAAUGUUCAGUCAAUGGUAAACAAAGAUUACACUAUUAGACAUGAUGCUCCUAUAUUUGAAACCUUUGAUAAACCAAAGUUUGUCUUACAAAACCUUGGAAAGGCUCUUGCUGAUUUUGGAAGAUGGCUGAUAUCUUUUCCUGUCAUGGAAGAUGAUCGCUUUGUAGAAGACGGAGUUCGUGACUUUCUGUUCUUGGACAAUAAAGGAGAAAGUUUUGACCUUGUUGCACUCAACAUUCAGCGUGCGCGGGAGCAGGGUAUUCCCCCAUAUAAUCACUGGAGACAACUUUGUGGACUGAAGCCAGCUAUGUACUUCUCCAACGCUCCAGGAGGGCUUGUGGAUCAUGAACCGGAAGUCGUCAAACUUUUAUCCCAAGUUUAUAAGCACCCAGAUGAUAUUGACCUGUUUAGCGGAGGAAUAUCUGAAAAAAUCCCAGCGGGCGCUGCCACCGGACCUACUUUUGCCUGUAUCAUUGCAACACAAUUUAAAAAUAUCAAAGUUGGUGACAGAUUUUGGUAUGAAAACUACAAUCCUUACACCGGCUUUACUCUAAGUCAAUUAAGCGAAAUUAAGAAGACGUCGUUAGCUAAACUCUUAUGUGAGAACCUUGACAUUCAAUACAUUCAGAGAGACCCACUUUCAUUUGUAUCAGAGAGAAAUCCGAGGGUUCCGUGCAAGUCACUUCCGGGAAUUGAUCUUCAGUACUGGCAGGAAGAAAUGAAAGGACAGAAGGUCAUGGAGGCCUAUUUUCCAGUAAUGGUUGCCUUAUUGGUGACAUUAGGGGCUGUCUCAGAAGUAGAGGGCAUACAUGCUUAUGAUACUCUCCUCUCUACUUCUGAUAUGAUAAAGAAAUGUAUAGACAAAGCUGUGAGAGAUGUCAAAAAACAGAAAGCACUUGAGAAAAAAUUUUACCUACAAGGCAACGAUUGUUUUCCUGAGAAUGGGGCUUUCAGUUGGCAUCAUUCCAAAUUUAUGGGAAUCGAGGAUCCAGACAAAAUACAACUGCUGAACAAAAAAGCCUCUAUUGUCCUGAGAGCCAUCAAAUAUUUUGAACAAAUGUCUGGAAUCUCGCUCAAGGAGCUAAAAGGAGACAACGGACUCAAAAAGAUUUGGCGAAAAGCUAUAUCCCCACAUUGUAAUUGUCCAAAACCAAAGUGUAAUCGCCGUGCUCACUAUCGGACAGCGGAUGGCACUUGCAAUAACGUGAAAAAUCCCAAAUGGGGAUCCUCCUUUAUCCCUCAGUUAAGAUACCUCCCACCUGCCUAUCAUGACGGUAUUAACAGGCCUCGUCUAAAAAGUGUCACAGGGGACUUGUUACCGAGUGCACGCCAUAUAAGUAACGCCAUUCACAGCGCGGAAAAAUGCCAGUCAUCUGACCGAUUUCUUACCAUGAUGUUCAUGUCAUGGGGACAGUUUUUGGAUCAUGACUUUAUCGGAACACCCAUGACUAAAGGAUUCAAUGAUUCCACUAUUUUGUGUUGCAAGUUAAGUCCAACUACAUUAGUCCAGAGGGAGUCUUGUUUUCCAAUAAAAAUCCCCAGUGAUGACCCAUAUUUUAAAUACCAGUGCAUGGAGUUUGUUCGGUCAUCAGCGGCUCCAAUUGAUAACUGCGUGCCAGAGUGGCGAAACCAGAUUAAUCAGCACACAUCCUUUAUAGAUGGUUCUAUGGUGUAUGGCGCUACGGCCAAGGACGCCAGAUCUAUGCGUGCUGGUUAUGACGGUCUUCUAAAGGUUACAGAAGAUGAAAUGUUACCAGAGGCAAAGAAGAGUGAUUGCAUAAUACAGAAAAGGUCUGAUUACUGCUUCCAGGCAGGAGAUAAGAGAAGUAUGGUUGUGCCAUCUUUGACAUACCUACAUUUAUUAUUCGUCCGUGAACAUAACCGAAUAACAAGUGAACUCUCAGCAAUAAAUCCACAUUGGAGCGAUGAAACUUUGUAUCAACAGACAAGAAAGAUAGUAAUCGCCAUGAUACAACAUAUCACGUAUAAAGAAUAUUUAACCUUUCUACUUCCCAAAGACAUUCGUUCCAAAUACGGUCUUACACCAAAUAUAGAGGGCCACAGUACAGUAUAUAACCCCAAAGUUAAUCCAUCGAUUUCAAAUGUAUUUGGAGUAGCAGCCUUCCGAUUUGGACACUCACAAAUCCCAAACCAUCAGGUACUAUUUUCAGCAACACACACACCCAUUCAAGUUAAACCUAUUGAGAAAACUUUCAAUCGACCUUCCAUGACAUUAAGCCAUAAUAGACAUGGGAGAGGAUAUGACGGAAUUGGACGAUGGUUGGUCAGUGAUUUAAUGUCUGCAGACGACAAGUGUUUAGAAGAUGGUGUAAGAAACAAGUUGUUUUUAGAUAAAGAAUAUAAAAGUUUUGACUUGGCAGCAUUGAAUAUUCAAAGAGGACGGGACCACGGCAUUCCUGGUUAUAAUGACUGGAGAAAAUUUUGUGGUUUGAAACCUGUCGUUCAUUUUGGACCUGGUCCAGGUGGUAUGGUUGACCAUGAUCAGGGAGACGCUGCAAUAUUUCACUCGCUGUACAGACAUCCAGAUGACAUGGAUUUAUAUCCUGCAGCUUUGUCAGAGCGCCAUUUAACGGGAGGACUUCUCGGGCCAACGUUUUCCUGUAUAGUAGCAAAACAGUUUAAUCACUUAAAAACCGGUGAUAGGUUCUGGUAUGAAAACGAAUUCUUAUCAAUAGGAUUCAACAGAGCCCAAUUGAAUGAAAUAAAGAAGAUAAAACUCUCACGAGUUGUAUGCGAUAAUACAAAAAUUAAAGAAAUCCAGAAAUUCGUUUUUUCACCACCCAGCCCACGCAAUGACGUUUACCCAUGUUUGGAUCAACGAUAUUCAUUAAACUUGGAACUCUGGCGGGAAAUACCGAAAGAACCACGAGGUUACAGUGCUCGACGAAGUUUUCAUCAUUUCAUUAAUUUAUCCUAGCAAUGUA